AUGCCGGUGAUGAGAGGGCUGCUGGCCCCGCAGAACACCUUCCUGGACACCAUCGCCACCCGGUUCGAUGGCACCCACAGCAACUUCGUCCUGGGAAACGCCCAGGUGCAGUCGCUCUACCCCAUCGUCUACUGCUCCGACGGUUUCUGCGAGCUCACCGGUUAUGCCCGCGCCGAGCUCAUGCAGAAGAGCUGCGCUUGUCACUUCCUGUAUGGCACGGAAACAAGCGACAAGCUUACGGCGCAGAUCCAAGGAGCCCUGGAUGACAGGAGGGAGUUCAAGACUGAGCUGGUGUUCUACAAGAAGGAAGGAUCACAGUUUUGGUGUCUUCUGGACAUCGUGCCCAUUAAGAAUGAAAAGGGUGAGGUGGUUCUGUUCCUCGUGUCCCACAAGGACAUCACGGACAAGAAGAAGAACCAGGAUCCAGAGCAUGGACCCGACACAGAUGAGGAGACGGGUCUGGAGGUGCACCAGGUGACUCGCCCUCCAGGAUUCAACGCCAACCGGCGGCGCAGCAGAGCGGUUCUCUAUCACCUGUCGGGACACCUGCAGAAACAGGACAAGAGCAAACUGAAGCUCAACAAUAACAUGUUCGGGGAUAAGCCUCCAAUCCCGGAGUACAAGGUAGCAGCCAUCCAGAAGUCUCGCUUCAUCCUGCUCCACUACGGGACCUUCAAGGCCGGCUGGGAUUGGUUGAUCCUGCUGGCGACCUUCUACGUGGCCGUCACCGUGCCCUACAACGUGUGCUUCACGGUGGUCGGAGGGCGGGACGAAGGGAGCAGCACAGUGCCGCGAAACCCACCCAGCGUCAGCGACAUCCUCGUAGAGAUCCUGUUCAUUUUAGACAUACUGCUGAACUUUCGAACUACUUUUGUGAGCACGUCGGGUCAGGUCGUGUACGACGCCCGCUCCAUCUGCGUUCACUACGUCACCACCUGGCUCUUUGUCGAUCUCAUUGCCGCCCUGCCCUUUGACCUGCUGUAUGCUUUCAACAUCAGCGUGUACUUCGGGGUCCACCUGCUGAAGACGGUUCGGCUGCUCCGGCUGCUGCGGCUGCUGCAGAAGCUGGAGCGAUACUCCCAGUACAGCGCCGUGGUUCUCACUCUGCUGAUGUCCAUGUUCGCCCUGCUGGCCCACUGGAUGGCCUGCGUCUGGUACUUCAUAGGUCGCAAGGAGAUCGAAAGUCCUAACUCCUGGGAUAUCGGUUGGCUCCAUGAGCUGGCGAAGCGUCUGGGGACCCCUUACUUCCUGCCGACCCUGCCGACGCCGAUCCCCGUCACAGUCAGCAGCUUCCCGUCCAACAGCAGCCAGUGGAACGUGUCGGGGUCAGAGGUCGUAGGGCAGGGCUCCUGGAACUCCAGCCAACACUAUGGAAACAUAUCUGGAGGCGAGGCCGUGGCGGGGACGGGCGCCGGCGGCGGUGCUUUUGGGGUGCUGGGCGGCGGCCCGUCAAUGCGGAGCAGCUAUGUGACAUCACUCUACUUUGCUCUGAGCAGCCUCACCAGUGUGGGAUUUGGAAAUGUGUCAGCCAACACGGACUCAGAGAAGAUCUUCUCCAUCUGCACCAUGCUCAUAGGAGCGCUGAUGCAUGCAGUGGUGUUUGGUAACGUGACGGCCAUCAUCCAGAGGAUGUACUCGCGCCGCUCGCUCUACCACACCCGCACCAAGGACCUGAAGGACUUCAUCAGGGUCCACCGGCUGCCCAAGGCCUUGGAGCAGCGCAUGCUGGAGUGUUUCCAGACCACCUGGUCGGUCAACAACGGCAUAGACGUCAAUGAGCUACUCAAGGACUUCCCAGACGAGCUGAGGGCCGACAUCGCCAUGCACCUGAACAAGGAGCUGCUCCAGCUGCCGUUGUUCGAGUCGGCCAGUCGGGGCUGCCUGCGCUCGCUCUCCCUCAUCAUCAAGACCUCCUUCUGCGCUCCGGGCGAGUUUCUCAUCCGGCAGGGAGACGCCCUGCAGGCCAUCUACUUCGUCUGCUCGGGGUCCAUGGAGGUCCUGAAAGACAACACCGUGCUGGCCAUACUGGGUAAAGGAGAUCUGAUUGGCUCGGACUCCCUGACGAAGGAGCAGGUGAUCAAGACCAACGCCAACGUCAAGGCCCUGACCUACUGCGACCUGCAGUACAUCAGCCUCAAGGGCCUCCGCGAGGUCCUCCGCCUCUACCCGGAGUACGCCCAGAAGUUCAUCAGCGAGAUUCAGCACGACCUCACGUACAACCUGCGCGAGGGCAACGGGGCUGACGUGGACUGGGAGAGCAACGGCGGCCUCGUGAAGAAGCUCCCGUCUAUCCGCGAGGACGAGGAGGGCGAGGAGGAGCCGGGCUCGGUGUCGCGCGCCGCUCGCUCCCCGCUGCGCCUCAGAGGCCUCAGCUCCCCGAGGCCGCUCCGCGCGCCCUGCGAGCACGCACGCCCCGCCACCUUACAGAUACCUGUAGUCUACAGUGGUGCAGCACCCGAGCUCAGCCCCAGAUUCGUGGACGGCAUUGAAACGGAGUGCAACUCCAGCUCCUCCCAGAAGUUUGAGUUCAGUCCCAGCAUGUCACCCAUAGUACCGCCCUCUCCAUACCCAGGGAUCCGUGAGCACUCAGAGAUCAAGCAGAGUGUGUCCAAACUGACGGAGGAGAUGACCAGCCUCUCCAAACAAGUCUCCAUGCUCAGUCAUGAGCUGCAGGAAAUGACUCGCCUGCUCAAGCCCCUCCUCCAAACCGCUUCGCAGCCCAUCCUGAUGACCAUGAUGCCAAAUUUGACCCCGCCUCCCAGCAGCGCCAGCCAGCUGUCGACGAGCGCCGCCUGCCUGGUGCUGCCGCCGGCCGCCGCCAUGCCUUGCUCGCUGCAGAGACCCGACACUCACUCCCUGUUGGACAGCGGAGACAUAGAUGGCGUGGAUUUACCCGGGUGUCUCCUCCCGACUCCUCAUUCACCAAAAAGGCCUAAUUCCUCUUCCUCGGCGUCGCCACAGCUCCAACCCAAACCCCUCAACGCCAUAGGCCCCGCCCCUUCCGACCUCCCCUCCCCAGAGGAAGGACUUCCUGAAGGGGUCCUCCGAAGCCUCCACGCCUCCUCCAGUAACGGGAUAUAUCUGCCUCCCUUGGCGUCUCACACCCCGUCGCCCUCUCUCUCCUUCUCCAUGUCUCUCUGCUCCUCCCGAUCCCUCUCCCCCUGCCAGGGCCCUCACCCGUCCCAACCUGGCCUCCUCCCUCCGCCUCCCUCCCAGGACACCCCUCCUCCUCCCCCGCCCUCCCACUGCUCGGCUCCCCCGUCGCUCACGUCCUCCCCCGGAGACUGUCGGCUGAGACUUUCCCCCUCCGUCCCUCUCGCCUCCCCCGCCGUCCCCCUCCAUCCCUCCACCGUCUCCCUGCCCUUGUCUCUGGACUGUGUCAGUGCGAGGAGAAGGCACAUAGAUACCCAGACUGCACCUUGGCGUAACUCGCAGCGGCACCGCGGGGAGGCCCGACCCGCCGCUCCCCAGGAGCUGGAGAUGCAGGAGUGGGGACGACGGCAGGUGGUGGUGGUGGAGGACGGGGGGAAGUCGUCCACGGAGCACAUCAGCUUCAUCGACGAAGAGGAGCCAGCGUUAUGA